AUGGAGAGCAUAGGUGUGGCCACCAAGAACGAGGGGCUGCGGGCGCACGGCGAUCUGCUGGCGGCGCAGAUCCUGCUGAGCAGCGACAAGCCCAAGGCCCUGGAACUGCUGAGGUCGGCCUUGGCAACACUGAAAAGAUUGGGUGACACCGGCGGCUCAAAGAUGGCCGAGGAGGUCCUGGAAAGGGCCACAGCUGUGCCGGCUGCGCGUCCCGCGCUCGAAGGACCGACGGAAGAAGCCGCGGCCGCUCCGGCAGCCCCGGCGCCCAAGAAGAUGGACCCUGAAGCUGUGCGGGCACAGAUCCGGAAGAUGGCCGGAGACGCGGUGAUGCAGGACGAGGUGAUCGAGAACGAUUCCGUCUUGAUGGAUGCGGGUAUGGACAGCCUCACCAGCGUUUCUUUCCGAAACGAACUGGCCGUGCAGUUCCAGCUAAACCUCCCGGCCUCGUUGAUCUUCGACUAUCCCUCUGUCGGCGAGCUCACCAAGUUCAUCGUGGAUGCCACCAGCUCGUAG